UUACCGCACCAUUUCACUUCGGUCUUCGACGCUGAUGGUAGAUGGUGGAACGCCCAGUUUUGUUUAUUUAUUUUUUUUCAACCCGUGUUUCGCGGUAACCGUGAACUCUCUCGCUGUAACAGCACCCAAAAGUCGCCAAUGACCAUGAAAAAUUUGUAGUUUGUACGAUUCACUGUGGAAAAAAACAUGAUUUUGUGUUACUGUUAAAUUGAAUAAAAACUUUAUUGUGCUCUCGAAUCCAGCCGACUGUAUUUAUAACCUUUACAUUCGACGAGUAAUCACGCAACCGGGCUACGUUACACAAUGUUAAGAUGCUGAUGUGAACAAUUUUAACAACAAUUUUCCCGAACAAUAAAGAAAAUGGUGGAUUUAAGAUUAGUGCGGGUCGCGAUCGUUAUCUGUGUGAUAUCGGUGGUGGAAAGUGUCAGUUUGACUUAUAUUUUAAAGAGGGAGCAGAAGGGGAUACAGCCUAGUUGUAUAGCGGAAGGGUUGAAAAGGUAUUCGGCCAUAGGUUGGGUUUAUCCGGUGCCAGAGGAUGGAGCAGGAAUACCCAAUACAACCACAAAAUUUAUUCCUUCCAUUCAGAAUAGCUACAAUUGUGACUUCUCAAAAAAUAGCAAGUGCAGCGCUAAAUGGGUGGCAAAGGAUUGGCAAAUAGACGAGACCUCGUCGAAGACAAGGGAGUUUAUCGAUGAUAGUCGGUGGGAAGAUAUGCCAACGGUAAUGACCUCCGGAAACACUUUUGACCACAGUUAUGAUCUGGAUAACUCAGAGGUAGCAAGUUUCUCAGUUAGAUCAGCAGAGACAGUUGAUAUUUUUUUGUGUUCAGGAUGGAAUCCAAGAAACUACCCUUGUCACGUCUUCAGAAUCAAUUCUAGAAAAGUCAAUUAUGCUGCAAUGAACUCCUACUCGGAUAAUAGUUACGACGUUAUGAAUGUCGUUUAUCAGGCAUUUUCUAACAUCAUAACAAUAGAUGAAUGGCGAAACUUCCAAGUCGAGGUUAAAGAAAAUAAAAUUAAAUUGAUAGAUCUCAAUACGAAUCGAAUACUGUUUGAAGGUCAAAACAAAGAUGAUAUUAGGCCCAAAUACUUAGUGGUCAGAAGUUUACAACCUAGUUUUUGGAAAAUCAUUGAGAAUCCUUUUAUGUAUACAGCAACCGCCCAAAUAUCCAGAAUGGGGCCCCAAAUCGAAACUUCUUAUAAAGAUUUGUGCGUUUCUCUAUUUGUGAAUACGUGCGAAGCAUGUCAGAUGACAUUCUUUUAUAUGAAUGGCACUGAGAGAAAAGAUCUUAAGCAUGUUGAGCCUACCAAUUAUAAUUGGACAGAAAUAAAACUGAAACAGGAAAAUAUUCAACUUGGAAGGUUCAAUCUUUUUAUUGAAACUCGAUUUUCACCUUCUGCCAAGGAACCUAAGACUGGCUGGUGGGCAUAUGAUGGUGUCAGAGUAUGUAAUGAAAAUGAGGUAAAGGUGACUUAUCUAAAACUAAACCAAACUUUCGCUGAAGAUGACACAACUGUGAACCAAAUCUCAUGUCAAUUGAUAAAAGAACCCGGUUAUAAGCCAGCGAGCCUCGAAUACGACGAGAUUGAAGAUGAAAUUUUUUCAGAGUUUCCCCCUGUGGAAACCAUAGCGAAUGAUACCAGUAUUAAGCUUAUAUGGAAAGACGAAGAUCCGGAUCACUAUCUCACUUAUUUUGUGUAUUAUCAGGGAAAUGAUCCUUGCUCUAUGGACAUUGCUACAUCCCCCAGACUAAGAUCAAGCGGAUUUUUAACCACGAAAUAUAGCGAAAUUAUCUUAACUAAUCUGAUACCAGACACUCUCUACAAUAUAACUAUCUCUUCAGUAUUACACGAGAACGACAAGUUUCUGACCGUAAAAACCUUGGAAACUGAUGAACCCAGCAUAAAAGAACUUCCUAUUAAAAUGCACAUCAUACCACAAGCAAAUGCAGUAAAUAUAUCGUGGGAUAGACCCAAAUGCAGUUCCAGAUACGGAAGGUUAAUCUACAACAUUCGAGUAUCAAACGACAAAUUACAAUUUAACAAACAACUUUAUCAACAAGUGAAAAACUCUUACCUAAUCGAAGGCCUACGACCGUUCACCGAUCAUAAUCUAACAGUUGAAACUGCUCGAAAUGCCAAGAAUCUUGCUACUGGAAAGCACACCCACAAACUGACUUACCAAUUUACAACUUUGCCUGGAGUUGCCGGAAUGGUAAAAAACUUGGAACUAUACGCGAUUGGUUCCAACAAAGCUUACUUUAGAUAUGACUUACCGGCUAGUACCCAAGGUAUCCCAAGUGAAAUUCGUGUAACCAAAUGUCCAUUACUUUCAAGAGCUAAAUGUAAAACGGCAGAAAGCAGCAUUUCAAAGUGUACUUUGUGGCCUCAGAAGAUGUGUCUGGUGGUGGACUAUCUGAUUCCUAAUCAAACGUACACCUUUACCAUGAGCAUUAAGAACGUGAACUCGAAUGUUUUUGGAAACAGUUUCGAGGUAACGGGGACCACCGAGGAAAGAGUGCCACUGCCUCCUCAAAAUGUCACUUAUAAAGUGGUAGAUUGUCACGAGAGCACGGAUUAUUGUCACCUUAAUAUUAGUUGGUUCUACCCGUACAGUCCAAAUGCGACCAUCAAUGCUUUCAAUAUUGUUUUGAAUAGCACCUAUUAUAAUGAUUCUUACUCUGAGGAGGACCAAACUAUCCAUGAAGUUUAUAAGAUUGUUGAUGAAAGUGAUUAUUUGCCACGAUACACUUAUCAGAUAAAAUAUGUGCCAUAUAGCAAAGAAUACAACCUCUAUGUACAAUCAGCAAAUGACAAAUACAAGAGUGAUUUCGUGACCACUACAGUAAAAACAGCUGACUUAGGAGAUCAUAUUGACCAAAGACCGAAGCUGCUCGGCAAAGGGGAUAAAGCUAUAAUUUUCAAACUACCGCCCUUAGAUAGAAGAUUGGACUCUUAUACCCUGACCGUUAUAGUUCAGGACUCAAAUAAAUCUAUCGAGGUGGCCUCAAAAAUGUUACCAGAAAAAUUCACCGAUACUAUUUGUCAGCGUUAUGGAGAUACUUGGGUAUCGCAUACUUUAAAUGUUAAGGACAAUAAAACAAACACAAUAACCAUCUCAUCUGGAAAGCAUGGCGAACAAAUAAGACCAAAUACAAAAUAUUGCAUAAACUUUUUUAUACAGAUGCGGUACAGGGGUGAGGAACAUGAAGUGACUUAUUAUGAAAAAUUGAUAACUCCAAGUUCGCCACCACCGACCAGUGACGCUCCUAAAGCAGGAAACUUUAAUCAUUUGUAUAUGCUGUUGUUGCUGCUUUUAUUGGUGCCAAUUGGAUUUGCGAUUUAUUGGUGUAUAAAAAGGCGUACCCAAAGGCGAAAGCUAGAACCACCAGAGAACGAAUACGAGAGUCUCCCAUUCGAAGACAAGGGUAACAAUUACGUUAAUAAAACCACUUACGACCACCUAAUCCGCAAAUAAUAAUUUUUUUUCCUAAUUUUGGUACUUAAACUAUUGCCUUCGAUUUGAUCUGUGAUAAAACAUAAACUUUGUGUGCCAGGAUUCACUUACUACAGACUAUUUAUUAUAGCUGUAGGACUCUCUUAUGAACUAAUUACUUAAAGACAGCUUUCUAUACAUUUUUUUAAUGUAUCUGCUAUCUAAAAUACUUCUGCUGAAAUAUUAAGACUUUGCAUAUUUAUUUGUUCAAAAAAAAUAAUCUAUGUACUAUUUUAUAUAAAAUACUUUUAAGUUUAUAUAACUAUAUAAAUAUGCCGUUUUUUUAUUAAUCAACCCGCAUGACUUUAAAAAGUAAUGCUGGGCUUUUAUACCAAAA